AUACCGAACAUAGAGCUAGCGGCACCAGUUCUGGCUUGUAGUCCUCUUUCUACUUCUUCGGCUUGUCUGUUAUUAGAGGUUGGGCUUGCAAUCACUCUUUUUGAGAAACUGGAGCAAAAGCAAAUUGAAAAUCGGAUGAAAGAGAAUAAAAGGAAAGCUCAGUCAGAAAAAGACCCUGAUGAAAAAGCACUUUUACUACUAGCCAUCGAAGAAGACGGGAAAAAAUUGAAAAAAAACUUGGAAAAACAAAAAGCCAUCCCCGCUUCUAAUUUAAAGUUUGAACCAGGCAAAUAUGUUAGUGAUUUAAUUAAAGGAAUGAAAGAAGCCAUUGAAAAAGGCGGAAAGGAUGGUUCAGGAAGUAGUGGCGGCAAUGGAAGUGGAUCAGGCUCUGGAAGAAAAGAAGACAAAAACCAAAAUCAACCAAGCCAACAGCAGCUAAUUAUCUUUGGUGAAGAAAUUAAAAACAAACUUGGUGAAACUACCGAACAGUUUGAACAGCAUCUAGAAUCUUGA